GCACAACAAAAUAAGUCAAAGCGUAGUAGGUGUGAGUUGUUGAUUGUUGUUUAAAAUAAUAUCGAAACAAAGUAAAAAUUUGCAGUAUCAUUUUGUCUUGUUGUGAGAGCUAGCUAUUGACUAUAGCGGUAGUAUUAGAAUUAUAGUUUUAACCAUGACAAACGCAUUAGCAGUUUGUCUAACAAUAGCGAUAUUUUACACAAGUUUGUCUUCAGCACGCCAGAUUCCUAAAGAAUGUUCAAAAGGACCUGAGUAUUGGUGUACAAACUUAAAGACUGCUGCCGACUGUGGUGCAGUGGGCCACUGCAUCAGUACAGUAUGGGAAAACGAAGAUGAAAAGAUUCGAGACAAUGAUGCGUCAGAAAAGAUUGUCCGACUCUUCCGUCAGCUGAAGGAUGUUAAGGAACUUAUCAAUGAGGACUAUUUAGCGUCUCGUGUGACCUCGGCUUGCCGCGACAUUUCCAAUGCCGACGUCUCGCGCCUGUGCAAGCACAACACGAACGGCCUGGAGAAGUAUUUGAGCCACGUGCUGCUCUCGAAGACCAGCGCCGACACCAUGUGCCGUAUCGUCGGUAUGUGCAACAACGAGAAAGUGGACAGCUUCUUGUCGAUGAAGAAGAAGAAUACACCCGCGACUCAUAUUGAAAAGAAACCAAGUCUUGUUGGCGCUUCCAAAUGUACUUGGGGACCUUCGUACUGGUGCAGUAACUUCAGCACUGGCCGCGAAUGCAACGCAACUCCCCACUGCGUCCAGCGUGUUUGGUCCAAGAUGGAGCUGCCACGGGAUGAGGACAGCAUCUGCAAGAUCUGCAAGGACAUGGUGACACAGGCGCGGGAUCAGCUACAGAGUAAUGAGACACAGGAAGAGCUGAAGGAAGUGUUCGAGGGAGAAUGCAAGUUGAUACCGAUCAAGUUGGUGACGCGCGAGUGUAUCAAGUUAGCGGACGAGUUUGUUCCGGAGCUGGUGGAGACGUUGUCUUCCGAGAUGAACCCUGAUCAAGUGUGCAGUGUGGCCGGCCUGUGUAACAAUGCCAGGAUCGACAGACUCUUGGAGGACUACAGCGCCACAAUGCGACUCCACGAGAGCUGUUCCAACUGUCACAAGACCAUCGGAAUCUUGAGGAAACGGUUCGAAGAGACCAGCUACGAGGACUUCCUUGUCAGCUUACUGCAGAUCUGUCGCAACGUCGGCUCCCUCUCGGAUUCCUGUUCGAUGCUGGUCUUCAAGUACUACGAGAAUAUCGUCGAAGCACUGAAGAAAGACUUCACUCCCGGCGACGUGUGCCAUAUCAACGGCCAGUGCUCGCUGCUGCAACACAGUCACGACCUCUACGUCUAUCCCGAAGAUCAGCAGGCAGAGCUGAAGGCUACCGAUGACGUGCCGUGCGAGUUCUGCGAACAAGUCGUGAACCACAUGCGAGACACUCUGGUCGCCAACACGUCGGAAGUCGAGUUCCACAAGGUCCUAACAGGUCUCUGCAAGCACACAGGAAACUUCAAAUCCGAAUGUCUACAGCUAGUAGAACAGUAUCACUCGACGGUGUACUACUACCUGGUGUCCGAGCUGAAGGCGGACAAGAUCUGCCGGCUCAUUGGUAUCUGCGGAGACCGCGUGGUUGUGCCGGUGGCGCCAUUGCUGCCCCGGGAGCUGGCCGUGAAGGCCGUCACUCUGCCGAACAAGCUGAUCGGGCAAGAUGAAGCCAAUAGUUAUAUCAAACCCGAGCAGGUGACACCCGCUCCGCUCCCCAUCGAGAGAAUGUUCGUGCGGCUGCCAGCGACCACUCAGAACGAGGCCGUGUGCUCGUUCUGCCAGUACUUCCUGCACUACAUUCAGGUGGAGCUGAGCGACGAUCACACCGAGGACGCGAUAAAAAAGGCGGUCCAGAGCGCGUGCGACGUGCUACCGGAGUCAGUGGAGGGCGAGUGCCGCCAGUUCGUGUCGGAGUACGGCGACUCAGUGAUCGCUCUCCUGGUGCAGCAGAUAGACCCCGCCAGUAUAUGCCCCGGGCUCGGACUGUGUCCGAAGACCGAAGAGGUUCAUCAAGUUCAGAUUAAAUCCGACCACUCCAACUGCCCUCUGUGUCUCUUUGCCGUUGAACAACUUGAGAUCAUGCUGAAAGACAACCGCUCUGAGGUCAGUAUCCGUAACGCUUUGAGCGGCCUAUGCAGCCACCUGUCGGCCAAACUGCGAACGCAAUGUGUCGAUUUCGUCGACACCUACACCAACCAACUGAUCGAGAUGCUGAUAGCUGAUCUCAACGCCCAAGAGAUCUGCGUUUACCUGAAACUGUGCCAAGAUAACGUCAACAAAACAAAUCCGCUUAAUUUGAAGCCGAUAGACAAGUAUCAUGAGAAGCCAGCGCUCAGGGGCGAUAGAAACAAUAUCAGGAGACCCAUGCUGCCCGCUCAUAUGUUGGAUGUGAGCGCCCGUUAUGAUAUCGAAACAAACCAGAUUCCUGACAAUACGGUGAACGGUCGCGUUGUGAAGGAGAGCGCCGCCUCCACCGUGUGUGUGAUCUGCGAGUUUGUUCUGAAGGAGAUCGACGACCAGAUCAAGGACAAACACAAUGAUGACGAAAUCAAAAAGAUUGUCCACGGGGUGUGUAAACGUAUGCCCAAGUCGGUUCGCUCGGAAUGUGAUCAGUUCGUGGAGAAGUACUCGGACCUAGUCAUCAGUCUGCUUGCCCAGGAGUUGAACCCGGACGAGGUGUGCCAGGAACUCAAGCUGUGCAAGUCCGUGAACUUCAACGCCGUCAAAGAGGAGAUCCUGGACUGCGCCGUGUGCGAGACAGUUGUGAUGGCGCUGAAGAAGGUGCUGAGCAACGAUAAGAUGGACCGGAACAUUGUGCACAUCGUGGAGAGGGCGUGCGACAUGCUGCCCGCCAAGUACUAUAACAGGUGUCACACGAUGCUGGAGAUCUACGGUGAAGGUAUCAUCCACCUUAUCGAGGACUUCGGCACUAAGGGCAUCUGCCAGAAGAUUGGGCUGUGCGCGGGCUCCGCGUACGUCGACAUGCAACACGAGCAUAUGUCUAACUAAAGAUAUUAUGAUGGAGCUGUGGGCCACUGUGUCUUAUAAUCUCUUAUUACUUAAGCAAUUUUUAUUUUUACCAAAUAAUUAGUUAUAGUUUUCUUUUUUCAUAUUGUAAGAAUAUUUGUAGUUGAUUGCAGUAAUAUUCUUAUAAUAAGCUUAACUCAUUGUGUCGGUUAUCGAUUUUUUUUUCUUCUAAAUUGUAAAUGCUAACCUGUGAUACGAGUUAUUUUUAAACUGUGUUAAAUAAAGUCAAUUCGGUAA